AUGCAGCUCCUAUCCACCCUCAUCAGCAUCGGCCUCCUCUUCGCCUCGCCGGCCCUUUCCCAGGACGACCCCGAACCAACCCCCUCGACCAACGGCACAAUCCAAGCCUACGCCCAGGAAGACUGGCCCUCCUACCCCAACGCCACCGCGGUAGGCUGUCUAAACGACACUGGCUAUCUCGACCUCAACGACGCCCCAGCCUGCGCGAUCCUCGAGAACGCAGGCGGCUUCAUCAGCACGGCGGAUGGCGAUUUCCUCCGCAUUCUUCCCGAUGGACAAGUGAUUAGUAUCGAGGAACCGGAUGACAACGAGGCUACGCGGUGUACACCGUAUGGGGCGAAUGAUGACGAGAUCCCCGCGGACUUCUUGUACUGCGUGACGCGCAUCUUCUCUCCCGACCAGGAGUUUGAGUCUGGACCGCGCUGGUACCCGGUGGAUGGGAGCGAUGCGAAUAAUACGGUUCAGCUGGCGGGGAAUGGGACGGAUGAUGGGCCUGUGCUGGGGCUGGUCUUUGUGCCUGUUAAUGAGACUGCGGGUGGUGCUGUUGUUUGA